AUGGAAAGGAUUGAGCAAAACCAGACUGCCAUGCAGGAGAAGAUGGCUCAAGUGAGAGCCCAACUGGGGCAACUCAUGGACAUCAUGCAGAACAUCAUCCAUCGACAAGAAGAGAAUCUCCAGGCUAAGCCAGGGACCAAUGUCAACAUGAAUGUUGCUAAUCCUAUCAUAGGGAAUGGGAUCCCGGUCAUCAAUCAGGCCCAUGUGGAAGGGAUGCCUAACAAUCCAAAUGAUGCCCACACUUACCAUGUCCCUAUCCAGGGAGGUUCCCAAGCUGGUACAGAAGACCAUGAUGGAGACUUCUUCAUGCCUAGGAAUGAGUCAGUGUAUGAACCUUUCGGGCCACAUCAAAAUGAACUUGAAAGGAAGCUCAAGAUGAUGGAUGAAAGAGUCCGAGCCAUUGAGGGCCCUAACACCUUCGGGCUGGAGGCUGCUGAUAUGUGCUUAGUCCCAGGGAUCAAGAUCCCAGCUAAGAUCAAGGUACCUGCUUUCGAGAAAUACCAGGGAAACACCUGCCCCAAGACCCAUGUCAGGUCUUACUGCAGGAAAAUGGCUGCGUAUUCAAGACAGUCUCAGCGGAGCAUCCCUCGAAUGGUACAUGCAGCUUGA